AUGAAUUCGAGUUCACCUUGGCAAGGCUAUGUAGGUAGUCCACCGAUGCCUGGAUCUGGUAAUGGGAUAGUGGGAGCGAGUUCAAGAGCCUCACUGCAAUCUCAGUCACGUGAUAACGGUGGGAAGAUGAAGCAUAUUACGUUUGGGUCGUAUAUUAUUGGUCCAACGUUGGGAGAGGGUGAGUUUGGGAAGGUUAAGCUAGGUUGGUCAAAGGCCAAGUCCAAGAAAGGGUCUCGUAAUGUUGCCAUUAAACUUGUGAGACGGGAUUCUAUUCCAAAGAACUCUGAGAAAGAGGUCAAGAUCUUCCGUGAAAUUAAUGCACUAAAGUCCUUACGACACCCUAGUAUUGUUAGGCUAGAAGAGGUGCUUCAGAAUUCAAAGUACAUAGGUAUUGUGCUACAGUAUGCUUCUGGAGGUGAGUUUUACAAAUACAUUCAAAAAAAAAGACGAUUGAAGGACGCACAGGCUUGUAGAUUAUUUGCCCAGUUGAUUAGCGGCGUCCAUUACUUACAUCAUCGGGGCCUUGCUCAUAGGGACUUAAAGUUGGAGAACUUGCUAUUGGAUGAACACGAAAAUUUACUGAUUACCGAUUUUGGAUUUGUCAACCAAUUUCGCAGGAAUGAUAUGAUGAAAACUUCUUGCGGGUCACCGUGUUAUGCUGCACCAGAGUUAGUUGUUACUACAAAACCAUAUGAGGCUCGUAAAGCAGAUGUAUGGUCAUGUGGUGUUAUAUUGUACGCAAUGCUAGCGGGAUACUUGCCAUGGGAUGAUGAUCCAGAAAACCCAGAAGGUGAUGAUAUCGCAAGGUUAUAUCAUUAUAUCACAAAGACAAAUUUAAAGUUCCCCGAGUACAUUACUCCACUUCCACGAGAUUUGCUUCGGAGAAUCCUUGUGCCAAAUCCUGAAUUGCGAUUAACUAUAGAACAAAUAGAGAAACACUUAUGGUUGCAACCGCACGCACACUUUUUCUCAUGGUCACCAGAAGGGUGGGUAGCGAAGACAAAAACUGAGUCCGAAAACAGCUACAGAGUUCCACCAUCAAAAAAUCUUACACCCAAGUCAUCUUGCUCUGCGUCAUCAACGAACUCCAAGGGAGAUAAGCGCAAUUCUUUAGUAAUAGACUCAACGUUGUAUCCACAACCGGCGCCUCCACAGGAAUGCCCAUCACACGCAUUUACUAAGCCUACAUCACCAACAGGUGAACUUGGAAAAGUCUCUCCGGUCCGUAUACAUGCAAGAUGUAACUCUGCCGCAUCAAUAGCUUUACAGGCCGUUGUUGACGCAGAGAAAGACUUCUUCCGCCAUUCUCAAUCUACUCAUUCGUUACACAGCGAUUCAUCUGCACAACAAACGCCCCCAAUUUCGGCUGGCCGGAACCCGCCUUACGGAAUUCCCAAAUCUGUUACUCAUAGCAAUGCUAUUUCUACUUCGCUAAUGAAUGAGGAUAGCAUCAUUAUCGAAGUAAGCCCACAAAAGAGUUGCAUCCACACUAUUGUGAUAGCUAACAAUAAGGAGGUUGCAAAACAACCGUCUAGUAACAAAGCGGGCCCUCUUCACCCUAGUGAACAAUCCACUCUGAUUAUCAAAAAAGAUAAAACAUCACAGCAUAGCAAUUCCUUGCCUCAGUCAAAUAGGAAGCCACGACCAACAUCAUACCAACCAGUUGGUUCAAGCUACUUAGUAACUUCCGAUUACACAUUCGGUAAGCCUAUGAGGUCACCCUUUGCUCGUAAGCGUACCGAACAUAACCAGGUAGAUCAGAUAAUGGCUGAUCCUAUACAGAAGUUAACCUCUGCAGUUACUUCAGAUAGAACUGCUUCAGAUAAUGGUAGCAAAAAAUUGAGGAUACCGGAUGAGAAUUGCAUUCCAGAAGUUGAUAUAUAUGACAUCCCAGUUAAACAAGAUCUUUCAGCUGAAGUUACUCCAGGGGAAAAUAUCGGUAUGUUCAGGAACGUUGAUACAAAAUACUUUAAACGGACAUCAUCUGUCCCUAUUGAUACUAAGUUAGACAUACCCGAAACAGUUAAUCAGAAUCAUAUAGAUUCCACACCAAUUUCAGCUGAAUCAGAAUCAUCAUUAAAUCCCAACCCGUUGAAAACGAAUGCAGAAGAGAAGGGAACAACCUUAUCAACAGGAUACUCGUAUUACAGCAACUCUAAAACUAGCAUGCAGGCCUCUAUUAAAGGACAGGGAUAUACCGGACAGGCUCCAGAUGCUCAGAAAAUGCCUUUACCUUUGGCUGCUAAAGAAAACGAAGAUUCCUGGGGCUAUAUCGCGGAAAAUCAACCCAGCAAUAUCCAAAAGCCUAAUUCUGGCCGGCUCAAAGACACUGUCAUCCAGGCAAGAACACAGCGCUUUUCGAUGUUUGCUCCGAAGAGUAAGCCGAUAAUCACUGAUGACUCUAAAAGUAAACGUAAGGCCAACAGGAACUCACUUACUAUGAUAUCAAGCAACCAACAUGCAGACAGUAAUCGUCAACGAGAACAGAGCACGGCGAAGAGAGUUUUUGAUUUUUUUAAGAGAAGGAGUCUUAGAUUAUGA